UUGGAAAUUAAGGUUGCCAUCUUCUCCCAAGCAUAAUAAUAAUAAGGUUAAGAUUCCUCGCUUGGUUUGGAUGCAUUCUGAUGAGAUGGAGGAUAUUCAAGAGGCACAUGCUGGGCAAAUAGUUGCUGUAUUUGGUGUGGAUUGUGCAUCAGGAUAUACAUUUACUGAUGGGUCAAUUAAAUCCACAAUGACUUCUAUGAAUGUCCCUAAGCCAAUGAUGUCUUUAGCCGUUCAACCAGUUUCAAAAGAUUCAGGAGGACAAUUUUCAAAGGCUUUGAAUCAUUUUCAGAGAGAGGAUCCUACUUUGUGUAAGUAUAAGUUUUCAUGUAGAUUGUUAGAUUUGGUUCUCCAUUGGGAAAAACUAGACUUUGGUUAAGUUACUUAUAACCAUGAC